AUGGUUCUCGCGGUCGACCUUCUCAACCCUACUCCUCAGGCUGAGGCCCGCAAGCACAAGCUUAAGCAACUUGUGCCUGCUCCUCGUUCCUUCUUCAUGGACGUCAAGUGCCCCGGCUGCUUCAACAUCACCACCGUCUUCUCUCACGCCCAGACCGUCGUUGUGUGCUCCGGCUGCUCUACCGUCCUCUGCCAACCCACCGGUGGUAAGGCCCGCCUCACCGAGGGCUGCUCUUUCCGCAGAAAGUAA